AUGAUUGACGACACCCCAUUCCUCCCCUCUUCUCCCCUCCUUUCUCCCUUCCCUUCUUCACCACUCACCCCCCUCUACACCUCGAUCCACACCUUACACCACCCCCCCCUUCUCCUUACACCACCCCCCCCUUCUCCUUACACCACCCCCCCCUUCUCCUUACACCACCCCCCCCUUCUCCUUACACCACCCCCCCCUUCUCCUUACACCACCCCCCCCUUCUCCUUACACCACCCCCCCCUUCUCCUUACACCACCCCCCCCUUCUUCUCCUUACACCACCCCCCCCACCCCCCCCUUCUCCUUACACCACCCCCCCCUUCUCCUUACACCACCCCCCCCUUCUCCUUACACCACCCCCCCCUUCUCCUUACACCACCCCCCCCUUCUCCUUACACCACCCCCCCCUUCUCCUUACACCACCCCCCCCUUCUCCUUACACCACCCCCCCCUUCUCCUUACACCACCCCCCCCUUCUCCUUACACCACCCCCCCCUUCUCCUUACACCACCCCCCCCUCCCUCCCCCACCCUUUACAACCAACGCCGUCCCCAUGUCCCCUUCCCUUCCUCUCUAA